CGCCGCCCGUGGUUGCCAUGGAGACGGCACCGCCCCGCGCACGCGCGCCGCCCUCGCUUCCGGUGGCGGCCAUGGCGGCUGUGGGGCGGCGUAUCCACGCCGUGCCCGUCAACGAGCUCAGGCAAAAUGAGGGUUCAUUAACAUCAACUUUAAGAACACUUCUAUUCUUCACAGCUCUAAUGAUCACAUUACCUGUUGGGCUGUAUUUUUCAUCAAAGGCUUAUGUAUUUGAAGGUACCUUAGGAAUGUCCGACAGAGACAGCUAUUUUUAUGCUGCCAUAGUCGCUGUAGUUACUGUUCAUGUGGUACUUGCCCUCUUUGUAUAUGUAGCAUGGAACGAAGGUUCUCGACAGUGGCGGGAAGGCAAACAGGACUAGAAAGAAGAUCAUCAUCUUGUGAUGCCUACAGACUGUAAAUGAAAUUUUUGUAUGCUGAAUGAAAAGCAUUCUUCACAAUGUAUAACGAUGUACAAAGAUGAGGCUAAUGCCUCAGCUCUGGUUAGAAUAAGAUUUGUGUUCAUCUUGAAUGUGUACUGGUGUUUUCUUUAACGCUGAUGGAAGUUGUUCUUUAGCCAGCCUUUACUACGUUUAUCUGACGAGGUCUUCACUUGGAAUUAGAAUGAAAUAAUUACAUACUUUUGAGAAAAAUCCUGUAGCUGUUCUUGCCAUUCCUUGUAUUUUUUUGGCUUGCUCUGAAUAUUAGAUUGGCAUGACAGAAGCAUUAUAUUUUCAAGUAAUUAAAUUGCUAGUUAAAAAGAGCUACAUCACUCACUAUCCAACUACAAUGGAAAAGGUAGGAUUUCACUUUGCUGUGGAUAGUUUCCUGAUUUACGGGUGUUGUGGUUUAACACCAGCCAGCAACUGAGCCCCACUCAGCCACUCACUCACUCCCCCGAGCAGGAUGGGGAGAGAGUCAGAAGAGUAAAGGGAGGAAACUUGUAGGUUGAGAUAAAGACAGUUUAAUAGGGAACGCAAAAACCAUGCACGCAAGCAAAGCAAAACAAGGAAUUUGUACGCUGCUUCCUAUCAGCAGGCAGGUGUUCAGCCAUCUCCAGGGAAGCAGGGCUCCAGCACAUGUAACAGUGACUUGGGAAGACAAAUGCCAUCACUUCGAAUGUGCUCCGUUUCUUUCUUGCCCCAGCUUUAUAUGCUGAGUGUGGUACCGUACAGUGUGGUAUUUCCCUUGGGACAGUGGGCGUCACCUGUCUCAGCUGUGUUUUCUCCCAACGCCUUAUGUACCCCCAGCCUCCUCGCUGGUAGGGUGAGAAGCAGAAAAGGCCUUGACUCCCUUUAAGCGCUGUUCAGCAGUAAGAAAAACAGCCCUGUGCUAUCAGCACUGUUUCCAGCACAAACCCAAACUGUGGCCCCCUCGCAGCUACUGUGAAGGAGAUUAACUCUGUUCCAGCCCAAACCAGCCCAGUGGGACAGGCAUACAUGGUAUAUUUCUAAGUGUAGAAGUAAUUGCAAAAAUUGAGUUGGUUAAAAGCUCAGGUGAUGUCUUUCUAAUGUGAAAUACAAACUUUUUUUUAAUUUUUAAUUUUUUUUUUUAUUACAGUGUAGAAUUCAAUAUUUAUUUUCCUUUGGGAAGGAUUGUCUUAUUACUGCAUUUCUCAUCUUUCCACUCUUACACAGUUAAUCUUGGUGAUGCAAAGGAAAUAGCAUAGCGUAUUUUUUUAUACGUCUUUACAUUUAUGUAUCUCCUUAGUAAUUGCUAAAGGAUGUAGUUGGAUUUGCUGCAGUAGAGUAAUAUCACUAACAGCUAUGGCUGUUAACAAUCUAAUGGCUAGUAAAGGAAGGAGCAUGAGAAAAUAAGCUGUAGCCAUCUGCAAAUAUUGUCCUUUAUGGACCAGAAUACAAGAGCAAUCAUAUGGAAAAUUUGCUUUUCUUCAUAAAUAUUGACUUUUAUACUGUGCAGUGAUACAUUAUGUUGAUUGGUUGGGUUUUUUUCUUGGUUGCCUGUAGAAGCUUUCUGUAGUCAAACCUCAGUGAGAUUUUUGUGUUGUAGGAUAACCUGAAUUUCAUUUCACUGUUGUGCUGUUGUCAGCAAGCUUUUUAGUCUGCACAUAAAACAUUUCCGAAGGUUCCAGCAAUGCAUAGAACUGUGUUAACGCUGAUGAGUACUGUUAAGCUGUUGUGCUUGAGAUUGUUCUGUUCAUUUGAGUUUUCAUGUUCGUUGUAUUAGUUGAGCAUUUUUCGGAAGUGUUUUGCUUAAUAUAGGCUUUGUAAUAGUUUUGAUGCUGCAUUUGUCCAUGAUUAAAAUUAACGAGAACUGAGACAAAAA